AUGUCAAAUGAUAGAAUAAACAGCUGGAUUUAUAAUACCAGCAUUAUUGGAUCUCUUAUUACAGGGAUUUUUACUUGCAAACUAACUUACAACUAUUUUCAUCUGAGCCGUAUAAAAGAUUACUCAGUCUCUGAAUUGUCAAAUUCUAAGACUUUAUCAUCGUCCUAUGUAUGUGUAUCAGGGAAUGUAGGAAACCAUAAUGCCUUUAACGUAAUAUAAAUGUAGUCUUUGACGUCCAAACAAAACCUGAAGGUGGUUUAUUCUGAUUAUUAUGACACUAAAUAUAACCAACUAGGCGCAGUAAUAAGCACUUCUAAUAAAAAGAUAAUCAAAGAGUUCUGUCUUACUGAAGGAAAGCAGCAAAUAUUUAUACAGCCUACCAAAGAUACAUAUAUAACAGUCUUAAGAGCAUAUGCUGAACAAAGCGCACUACCAGUCUCUUGAACUGGGCUGAUACGGUCUAUUUUCUCUUCCGUUUUAUUUUUUAUCACAAAACUUUUCCUAAUAAACGUCGAAGUAUCCCAAAGCAUAAUUGAAGAAGUCAUCCCGAAGGACUCAAAUAUCUGUGUUAUAGGAGAAAUCAAGCAGAUAGGAGAAAAACUAAAAAUAAUCCCUGACUAUAUUGCGUAUUCUAAAGAAAUAAUCCUUCAAGAAAAAAAAGAACUAUUAUAUUUUCUAUAUGGGCUGCAUGCGCUUUUAGGUGGUUAUAUGAUAUGAUAUUUAAAUAGACAAGCACAGAGAAGAAGAAUAAGAAGAGAAGAAAAUGAAAUGAACAGAGAGGUCAUAAUUCGUAUGCCAGCUGGCUUUGAGUGCUGCAUCUGCUUAGAAAACCCUCGAAAUAUCAUCACCGACCCUUGCAAACACCUCAGUAUAUGCCAGCUCUGCUCAGAAAACCUAGAAGAUUGUCCUAUUUGUAGGACCCCUAUUACUGCAAAAACAAGGAUUUUUUUUACUUAA